AAUUUUAACGCGAUCACAUCCACCUAUUUCUUUCGUCUACCAACUUCCAUUCGGUAGUCGUGUUCGAUUCUCCCGCCUAACUUUCAGAUACGACCUCUUGAUACCAGUUACUCUUUAUUAGGUCUUUUUCUUUCUUCUUCUUCGUGCUGUUGCUACGUUUUAUCGGGACUAAAAUAAAUGAUUCUCUUUCUUCGUGUUCCGAUACCCGGAACAGUGUAAGAAAUGCCGAAGAAAUACAACGAGAAAGCCAGAUCAUUCUUCGUGUUUCUCUCGUCGAUAUAAAGCUGCUUGAUAAGGUAGCUUGAAACAAUGGAGAACAAUCUUGCAAACGAGAGGAACGAGCUGUGGGCAAUUUAUUCUUGGUGGUCGUGUGUCCUUGCUUUAAAAAUGUUUUCUUUAACCUGGUUCACUGGGCGUAUUCGAGUAGACAGACAGGUGAUCCACAGUGAAGAGGACAGAGUGUGGAUGAAAGGAUCAAAUACAAUUUUAUGCCCAACUGGAGGAGGUCACGAAGAUGUGGAUCGGAUUCGAAGCGCUCAUCGUCAUGAUCUUGAAACUGUACUCCCUUAUCUCUUAAUUACACCGAUAUGGUUGAACACGUCACCCAUGUUUCCGGUAGCCAAAACUAUUCCCCGUUGUUUCGCAAUACUCAGCAUAUCGUACACUCUGAUGCAUAUGGAAAUCGUAAACGUGCCUCGUUAUUGCAAAACAAUUCUAUUCGCUUUGGAAGUUUGUAUCUUGACCUGCAUGUCUGCCAUGUCUGCAGUAUAUUAUUCGGAUGGGUUCUAAACUGUCUGAUAAUAAAUUUUCAUAUAGUACAAUGACUUCAAUAAAAAAUUGCAUUAGAAGACACUGACAAUAUAUUUUUUUAUUGAAGCAGUAAUGUAAGAAAAAUAUAAAAAGAGAACUCUGAUUGUGCAACGUUCAUUCAAGAAAUGAAUAUCCAUUUCUUCUGACGAUCUCGUGACUACUCAUUAGAUAUUGAUGUAACCAUCAAUUUCAUGCUCUUGACCGAUUGCAGCAUUAUUAAUAGUACUAUAUACAAUCGUGUCGAUAAACAAGCGAUAAAGAAGGAAAUCGUUUACGCGAAACGAUCGUAAAUGUAUCUAUCUAGUUAUUCAAUUUCCACUUUGCUAGAACUGAAUCUUGCAAAGUUUUAUUUGCAAUUCAUUCACGAAGACAUGAUGUGCGUUAUGAGAAUCUCCGAAGCACCCUGGGCUCCAUAUGCAUGCGGUCUGCAUAACAGGUCCAAUGAUCAUAUCUCGCCCAAGUAUCGAAUGCAGA